UAUACUUUGCUUUGGGCUAGCUAUAGUUUGGACCAUGGCUUCCUUCUUCGCAACAAGCAACGGUGCAUUAAUGGCUUCUCUACUAUUCCUGUUGGCACUCUUUACUGUAAAUCUUCGCAUGACUGGUGCUCAAAUAGGUGUUUGUUAUGGCAUGAGUGGCAACAAUCUACCAUCACCUCGUGAAGUAAUAGAUCUUUAUAAAGCAAAUAACAUAAGGAGAAUGAGACUCUAUGAUCCAAACCAAGCUACACUAGAAGCGCUUAGGAACUCCGGUAUUGAGCUGAUGUUGGGAGUGCCCAAUUCAGACCUUCAAAGCCUUGCUACCAGCGCAGAUAAAGCAGGUCAAUGGGUACAAAACAAUGUGUUGAACUUCUAUCCCAGUGUCAAUAUCAAAUACGUUGCAGUUGGCAACGAAGUAAGUCCCGUUGGAAGCACUUCAGGGUUAGCUCAGUUUGUUCUUCCAGCCAUUCAAAAUAUAUAUCAAGCUAUAAGAGCUAAGGGUCUUCAUGAUCAAAUUAAGGUUUCAACGGCUAUUGAUAUGACCUUAAUAGGAAACUCCUAUCCCCCAUCAAAGGGGUCCUUCAGAAAUGAUGUGAGGUCAUACUUGGAUCCAAUAAUAGGUUACUUGGUGUAUGCAAAUGCACCCUUAUUCGCAAAUAUUUACCCUUAUUUUAGCUAUUCUGAUAACCCAGGUGACAUUUCUCUUCCUUAUGCAUUGUUCACUGCCCCAAAUGUUGUGGUUUGGGAUGGUUCAAGGGGAUACCAAAAUCUAUUUGAUGCUUUGUUGGAUUCACUGCAUGCGUCAAUUGAUAACACUGGGAUUGGGUAUGUGAAGGUUGUUGUGUCAGAGAGUGGAUGGCCUUCAGAUGGUGGCUUCGCUACUUCCUAUGACAAUGCACGCAUUUACCUUGAGAAUUUGAUUCGCCACGUGAAAGAUGGAACUCCAAUGAGGUCUGGUCCUAUAGAGGCUUACAUCUUUGCAUUGUUUGAUGAGAAUCAGAAGAACCCAGAGCUAGAGAAACAUUUUGGUGUCUUUUAUCCCAACAAACAGAAGAAGUAUCCAUUUGGUUUUGGAGGAGAAAGGAACUGGGAAAUUGCUGCUGGAGUGUUUAAUGUGUCAGUUCCUCUGAAGAGCGACAUCUAAUGAUGUAAUCAGGGUUGCUCUAUAUGUCUAUGUGAAAUAAAACGGUUUUCUUGUGUUUAUCUUUAGUAUAUACAC